AUGAAAGCUCAUAAUAUAUUUGACAAAAUUACAGGAGUGAUUCGCCUCCUUGACUGGUACAGUAUCCCGGAAGGAUACCUGAUUGUCAUGGAACGACCGUAUCCAUGUGUCGAUAUGUUCGAUUUCAUCAAAGGGCAACAGAAACUCGACGAAGAGAUGGCUCGUUUCCUAUUCCGUCAAAUCGCUCAAACCAUUCAACGAGAUGCUUCACAAAAACGGGUUCUUGCAUCGGGAUUGGAAGCGUCUACAGUACCCUCAGCAGGCGCCCAUAACCAGCUCCUACACCUUUUGAUGCCCCUUCUUUACAAGGCUUACUCAUCGCAAAACGAGAACAAUUCCAUGUUCACCUCUGAAAAACGUGUUUAUGCAAUUAGUAGUGCAGUUUGUCAAUCGGUCACACUUACGUGCAAGAGCUGCUGUUUCCAGGACGAGAACGUGGUCAUCGAUCUUGUCACCGGUGACACAAAGCUGAUCGAUUUCGGUGCUGCCACCGUACUCAAGAAAUCGCACUAUACCGACUUUCAAGGAACUCGCCUGUAUUGUCCGCCGGAGUGGUUCUUGCACUCGCUGUACCUUGGCCGCGAAGCAGCCGUUUGGUCACUCGGAGUACUUCUCUACAAUGCCCUGAACGGUCGAUUGCCUUUCCGAAACGAGAAGGACAUCUGUACUGCUCAUCUCCUCGGACCACUGCCGUUCUUCACUACUGUUUCUUCAGAAGCGAAGGACCUGAUUGCCCGAUGCCUUGCUUUCGACCCGUUCUCAAGAUGUUCCAUCGAAGAAAUCCUCAGACAUCCAUGGGUGACGAGACCGUGCGCUGACUGGUUGACGCUUAGCGCUGCUGCUGGUGACACCAUGAGUGAGAAAGAACCUAAGGAUGACGAACGAGAACACAGUGAAGAACUGGAAGAGAUCGGUGAAGAGGUUGAGAAUCAUGACAAGCAUGACGAUGAUGAUGGUCGCGAAUCAAGCGAAGGUGAAUCCGGUGUCGGCUCGUCUGCGUCCACAUCCACUGGAAAAACGGUAAGAACGCGCUCAAAAUUACAGGUGGUACGAAUCAACGGGACGAACCAUCUGCGGCACCUGUUCGUUUUUCGAAAACGUCUCUUUCUGGCACCACCGAAUUCCGAUGACCUCAAGGCUGUUGUUCACGCGUCAAAAACGAAGUCUGUCUACCAAGAGGGCCCCAAGCCACUCCGGCCGUCUAGAAGAAGACGUGCACAACAGCCAGACUCGGCCGUAUUGAACGCGCUGCGACUCGCAGUGAGUCGCGAUCGACAAAUACGUAACUGA